AUGGAUUUGGGUAGUGGAUCAAUGAUCACAGAUUUAUCACAAAUCUCUUCUCACAAUGAAGGUCCCUAUUUGCCUUCAACAUCAUCAUUGGAUGAUCUGAUGAAGCAGCAAGUUAACACCACCAAAGGGAAGCGUUUGUGGGAUGGAAAUGCAAAUGCAACCUCGCCUUUUUCAACUGUCAGCCUUAUGAAGCUAGCCAAAGAUCGUUUGCUUCGGAUCAAGUCCCGCAACUUUGGAUCAGGUGCUGUCUCUUUGCUUCUUGCUAGUGAAUUGGAAGCUCAGUCUGAAUCUGAAGUCCCUGUUGAAGCUGCAGAAGAUGUGGAAUUAGCAUUACUACUUCAAGCAGCGGCUGAAAAGGUGGCAAAUCAGCAAUGGGUUCAGGCUCAAAAGCUGCUAACCCUUUGUGAUUUAUCAGCUUCUAUAAAUGGCAAUCCAGUUCAAAGGGUUGUGUACUAUUUUUCAGAAGGGCUCCGCGAGAGAAUUGUACGUGAAUCGGGAAUAUUCGUUGCAGAGGAAUUCGGAGAAAAGUUGAAAAUGAAUAAGCCAGUGGAUGUGCAGCAGGCUGAAAACCGUUUGCAGCCUGAUUGGAUGGAAUGCCAACAAGAAUUUGCCUACCUAGCCUGGCAAUCUGCAGGCAUCCAGGCGAUCCUGGAUGCCGUGGAAUGUUCUAAGAGGAUUCAUUUGAUCGAUUUUGGAAUUGGAAACGGUUCGCAUUGGAGUCUAAUCAUGCAGAGUUUCGCAAACAGGCAUGAUUGUCCACUCGAAAUUCUCAAGAUAACGGCCGUUGGGAGCUCUAAAGAGAUGUUGGAAGGUGUAGGAAAUCAGUUGUCGUCUUUUGCAAAGAGCCUUCAAUUACCUUUUGAAUUUCUCAUGGUCAUCUCAGAGCUGAAGGACCUCAAACAGGAUCAUUUUGAUCUGCAAUGCGAUGAGGCUGUGGCUAUUUAUUCCGAAUUCAGACUCUCAACUCAGUUAGUAUGGCCAAAUCACCUGGAAGCUCUUUUACAAACGGUUAGGAAUAUCAAUCCAGGUAUUAUGGUGAUCAUGGAAUUUGAGGCAACUGUGAACACGCGGGAGUUCUUGGAACGCUUUCACGAAUUGCUCAUAUUCUGCAGUGCAGUGUUUGAUUCGCUCAAGCACACCCUGGAACACAGGCCUAUGUGUAGGAAAUGGAUGGAACAAGUUUUGUUUCGCCGGAUGAUUGGAAACAUGGUUGCAACAGAAGGCAGCCAGAGGUUGUUCCGAUACGAAAGGAUUGGAUUCUGGAGGGAGUUAUUGGCCAAAUAUGGAAUGAUGGAAACAGAAUUCAGCAGCUUAGCAGUUACUCAAGCAGACAUUUUGCUUAAAAGAUGUAAUAACUCCAGUUCUUGCAGGCUUAACCUGGAUGGGAAAAGCCUGAUCUUUGGAUGGGGAGAAACGUCAACGAAGUCUGUAUCUGCCUGGAAAUUCAAGGAUCACUAA